CCUUUGCACAUGUCUUGAACUAUUUUUCAUUGCAAUCUAAAUCAACAACAUCUAAAAUACUGGAACAGGCAAUCGAGGAUUGUGAAGCACCAACCAUGGAAGGAGAAACAAAAUAUUGCGCAACGUCAUUCGAGUUUUUCGUGGAUUCGGGUGUUUCCAUGCUGGGAAAAAACAUCGAGCUUUUGUCGACAGAGUUAGAGAAAGAGACGCAAAGCCAAGAGUUUAGUGUCGGGGAGGGAGUGAAAAUGAUGGGUGAAUCUACGAUUGUUUGUCACAAAAUGGAGUAUGCAUAUGCAGUGUUCUUAUGCCACUCCAUUGAUAAAACAGAUUUGUAUAAUGGUCCUUUAGUUGGGGAAGAUGGAACAAAAGCUACAGCAUUGGGCGUUUGCCAUAAAGAUACAUCAGCUUGGAAUCCCAAUCACUUGGCUUUCCAGGUUCUCAAAGUUAAGCCAGGAACUGUUCCCGUCUGUCAUUUUCUAGCCAGAGACGCCCAUGUCUGGGUUCCCAACUAAAUUUGCUA